CUACUGGCUAGCGGCUAGUGGCCAGUCAGUUAGCCUGCUAGACUGCUAGACUGCCAGCCCUAGUCCUGGCUGACCAGUACGCGCUGAAUCGUCCGACUGACCGCAAGUGCCGGCCAGAAUAGCCACGGCAGUAUCCGCCUCGGGAAUUGGGAGCACGCAACUCCAAAUGGCUUUGUUGUGUACAAAUAUGUGCGCCUAGGGGCAAUCCAUAAACAUUUGAAAUGCAGCCGGCGAAAAAUAUGCAAGACUCACUGAUACUAAAAUCAAUAAAAAUCUAGCAAAAUCCACAUAAAGUUAGGAACGCAAAAGUAACAAUUUCAUCAUGGACAUUCCCAGCAGCGGAGCCAUAUUCACCCUGGGCAAAUCCCAUCUGGCGGAGAAUACCCAGAGUUAUUUCUACAUCAAAAACGAUCCUGUGAAGCGCCUGAUUUCCGGUCCAAACCAGAGCGCUGUCAUUUGUGAAUCUGGCCGACUAUUUGUUUGGGGCGAGAACCACUACGGGCAGCUUGGAAUUGGCGGCCAUGGAGGAGCCUCCGGGAAGAAGGGCGGCGGCCACAACAGCAAUGGGGACAUUGUCACCAAACCCACCUGCGUGAAGGCCUUGAAAACACUGGGAUUAAAGAUUUGCGACGCCGCCUUCGGGAACCACUGGGCCGUGAUGCUGACACACUCCAACGAGAUCUUUUUCACGGGUCGCAACAUCUUUCCCGAGGACACCCAUGUGGCCCAGCACUUCACCAGCGCCCAAGUGGAGCAGCAGCAGUGUGCCAUCAUCCGGAAGCCGUUUCGGCUGGAGGAGUUCGACGAUUACCUGUCCAAGAGCGAGGAGACGGACAACUUUAUGGCCAUCCAAGCGGGCAACGAACAUUUUGCCGUGCUGACCAGUACUGGUCGCUUGAUUGGCUGCGGUUCAAAUGCCCAACAGCAGCUGGGAGAACUGGAGGCGGACUACGACGGUCAUCCAGUGGAGAUUCGUCUGGAUGCACCGGUGCAACAAUUUGCCUGCGGCCCGGAGUCCACCCUGGUGCUGACCGCCAGCGGGAACCUCUUCCUCACCGGCCACCUCAACGAGUUCGUCUUUCCGCGCUUCACCGAGCUGCAGAAGAACCUGCCGCCCACCGAGGUCAUCAUCUUCAUGCACAUCUCGAAGACCAGCGAAGUGUACAUCGUGACCAAUGCAGGCAGCAUCUACCGCAGCUUCGAGUCGAUGCGAAACAAGAGCCUGGUCUUCCAGCGCUUCUACGACUACGACAGCGAGGAGAACGGACCCAUCUGGAAGCUCCUCAAGGGGUUCUCCUUCUACGCGGUGCUCAGCAAGGCCAACAAGUUCUUCACUACGUUCUCGGAGAGCGGCCAUCACUUGAAGACCUUCCGCGAGAUCUCCAAGUUUAAGAAUCUCCGGCUGUUGGACAUCGCCGUGGGAGAUCAACACGUUCUGGUGCAGGGCAUCCCGCGAUCCUCGAUAUCGUCCGCUUCUGUGGGUGGCUCAGCUGAGCCGAAUCGUUACAUGAGCCGUAGUUUCGUCCUGCAACCGCCGGAUGCAAAUGGAAACGGGGAGCAGGGCAGGAGUCAUAGUGGCAAAAGUCUCACCAAACAAAAAGGGGUCGAGGAGUCGGAGGACCGAUCUAUUGCGGCCACUGUGGGAGGAUUGACAGCUGCAGCAGGAGCCGGUACAGCUGCUGCCAUGGAGGCGGUGAAACAUUUAAUCAAUGGCGAGAAAGCAGAAGAGAAAGAAGAUAUAACUGAACACAAUGAUGUGAAUGCAAAUAUUGAAGGUGACGAUCCUUUGAAUAUGGAACCCAAAGAGGUAAACGGCAAUGAAGAAAAUAAUAUGAUUCCAAGCAGCCCUUCUAAAGAAGAAUCCAAUCAAGCAGAACAUAGAGCUAUGCAAUCUCCUCAAACUUCAACUAACAAACAAGAGAUGGAAGCUCCUUUAAGUCAGGAUAAGAAGGACAUGGAGAAUCAUGCAAAUACUGCUAUGAAAACAAUGGGUGAUUACAAAGAGACAGAGCCCACGGCCCCUAUGGAAUCCCCUAUAAAACCAUCGGAACCUAAGGAAGAACCAGUUGGUCCAGUUGCCUCUCCAGUAAAAUCGGCAAAAUCACCUGUAACAGCCAAAGAAUCUCCAUCAAAAUCAAACGCAUCCCCAGAAAAACCAUUGGAAUCAAUGCAAAAGCUACCAACUCCCCCUACACAUACACCUACACCUCCUAAAUCUCCAACAGAAUCUCUAAGAUCUGAGAAAUCCAUGCAAUCUAUGCAGUCAUCAAACCCCCAAGAAAAAAUGCCUGGCAGCCAGGAAAAACUGCUGCGUCCAAGGACUCCGUACCCGGAAAGCAGUGAUUCCAGCACACCACAAACGAUUAAGAAGACACCCAUACGAAACUUCUCAUACGAGGCGGCAAUGGAUCAUGACCAUCUGGAAAGGACCUCCCCCGAGUUAGUGUCCAGCCUGGAAACGGUUGACGAGGUGCCGGCGGCCACCAUCCAAGUGAACACGCCCACACCGCCCACGGAAGAGGACGAGCAGCUGGCUGUGGAGAUAACCACAACGAAGGAUUCGAAGGACAGCAGCAAGGUGGUCAAUGAGAUACGCUUCAUCAACAAUGGCGUUGAUGUCACAGCCAAGGUGGAGGAACAAAUGCCGGACACACCACUCGAGAGUUCUGUGGAGGAUUUGGAAUCGGAUGGGGAGCAAAUGCUGCAGCAUGUGGAGCAACAGGUGGACAAAAUCGUGACGCAUACCGAAGAGACAGCGGCGAAGGUCGGCGAUGAAGCGCUGGAUGCCAUGGACUCCACGCGUAACUCCAUUCAAACGGCCGUAAGGAAUGCUGCCCAUGGGGCCCGAGACGCCAUGGAAGCUGCCGGCGAGCGAAUGGCCACAGGUGCUCGAGGAGCUGUGGAAGCAGUGGGCGGUGCAGUGGGAGCAGCGGGUAAAGGCGCCCAGCGCAUGGCCAGCGAUGCCAUGCACGCUGUGGAGCAGGCAGGCAGUAAUGCGAUCAAGGCAGCCUCGGACACAAAGGAUUCCAUGGGCAGGGCCAUGGACUCGGUGACCAACAAGAUCUCCAGUGAAGUACAGGGCGCCAAGGAGAAUAUCUCGUCGUUGUUUCAGAUAAAAGCAGCCAGGGAGAUGGAUCCGCCAAGCUCGCCGGUGUCCACACCUCGCGGUGAGGACGAUUUGUCCUCCAAAGAGGGGGCACCCAAAACGACUACCACUUUGGGUUCCAACGAGGAGGAUGAGCGCACGACCGCCUCCGUGAACUCGAACCACAAUUCCGCAGGACACGGCAACGGUAAUGGCAAUAUUUUGGAGCCCAGCAAUCCCUUCGAGGAUCCGCUGGACGCGGUGGUCGAGCGCAGCAAGAAGGCGAUGCAGGAGGACAUCCGGGCCAUGCAAAUGAGGGCCAAUUCGCAUGUCCAAGCGGUGGCUCAGCAAAAGGAGGAGGACGCCAAGGGAUUUGUGCAGCAGGUGAUGGACAGGCUCUCGUGCCGCAACGAAAAGGCGGUCAGGAUUGAAGAUGAAGUGCGUCCGCCGGCUGCAAUUCACAACAAGAACACAAACAAAGUAAACAGCGAGCUGAGCUUAACCAAUGGACAGGCACAUGGCGAGCAGGCGCAGUCGUCGCGGGUCUGCACGAUUUUAUAAAACUUGCACCAACGCCAGCACUUUUCUAAGCAAUUGCAUUUGGUCUUGAAGUACAAUUUAAUGAAAAUAAAGCAAACGAAAUUAC